GAGUAAGCGUCUUAUGGCAGAAGGAAGCAACUGUCUUUCCCAGAGGUCUCAUGUGUCUCCUGUGCCAUGAUGGAUCUGAUGGACCUACCAGUUUACCUGGGAACCAGUGGAGGAGGGGACUGAAAGUCAUGGAACCAUAAUUUGUGACAUCAGUUUUUUGUAUUUUUGUUUUGGUAAGCAGCCAUUUAUUAUUCUGAAAGAUUGAGGUCUAUAAGAAGCCCCCGUAUGAGAUUUUAAUAAAGCUCUCUAACAAUAAACGAUGCCAUGGACGUUAAGCUGGACCCAUCCAGAGAUGACCUGCCUCUCAUGGCCAACACUAGCCACACACUAGUGAAGCACUAUAUACUGGAUUUAGAUGUGGAUUUUGAAAGCCAAGUCAUUGAGGGGACCAUAGUGCUUUUCUUUGAGGAUGGAAACCAAUUCAAGAAAAGAAAUAGCUCGACCAAGGAAACCUGCCAAUCAGAGUCAAAUGAAGCCUGCACAAUUAGGACACCUGAAUCCUGCCAUAUUCCUGUGACAAACGCAAGGACCUGCUCAUCUAAAAUGGAAUAUAAGGAUUUUGCAAUCUGCAGAGGUGAAGAAGAUCCUUCUGAUAAAGAUGGUAACCAUGACAACCUGGAACAGGCUUCUGGGAUUUCUAGUUCCAAGUACUUCUGUGACACAGGGAAUCAUGGGAGCGAGGAUUUUUUGCUGAUGUUGGACUGCUGUGAUAUAUCUGUGUUAAAAGUCGAGGAGGUGGAUGUUGCUGUUGUGCCAGGUAUUGAAAAAUUUACAAGGUCUCCCAAGCUCACAGUUGUUUCUGAGGAGCUCAGGAAUCAGAUUAUACAUGAACUUGUGACUCUGCCUGCAGAUCGUUGGAGGGAGCAGUUAGACUAUUUUGCUCGCUGUAGCCAGGCUCCUGGCUGUGGGGAACUCUUCUUUGACACUGACACUUGGAGCUUACAGAUCAGGAAGACGGGGGCUCAGACAGCUACUGACUUUCCUCAUGCUAUCAGGAUAUGGUAUAAAACCAAACCUGAGGGGCGAUCAGUUACCUGGACCUCAGACCAGUGUGGCAGGCCAUGUGUUUAUACUACAGGAUCUCCCAUAAACAACAGGGCCCUUUUUCCAUGCCAGGAGCCACCCGUUGCCAUGUCAACAUGGCAGGCUACAGUUAGAGCAGCUGCAUCUUUUGUUGUUUUAAUGAGUGGGGAAAAUUCUGCCAAGCCAACACAGCUUCGGGAAGGAUACUCAAGCUGGCAUUACUAUGUAACUAUGCCCAUGCCAGCCUCCACCUUCACAAUUGCAGUGGGGUGCUGGGCAGAAAUGAAGCCGGAAACAUGCUUACCCAAUGAUUUGGCAGCAGAGGGACCCUUGCCAUCUUCCGAGGCUAACUCCAGGUACAUUGGCAUUUGUGGUCACAUGGAAUACCCCUGCCGCUUUCAGAAUCCUUCUGCCACCACCCAGGAGAUCAUUCCUCAUCGUGUCUUUGCCCCGAUGUGCCUCAAGAGUGCCUGCCAAGAGACCCUUCUGCGGUUGAUCCCUCCUUGCCUCUCAGCAGCACAUUCUGUCCUAGGAACACACCCGUUCUCCCGGCUGGAUGUACUUAUCGUCCCUGCCAACUUUCCAAGUCUGGGUAUGGCCAGCCCACACAUCAUCUUCCUCUCUCAGAGCACCUUGACAGGAACGAGCCAUCUCUGUGGGACCCGUCUCUGCCAUGAAAUUGCCCAUGCCUGGUUUGGCCUCGCCAUCGGGGCCCGUGACUGGACAGAGGAGUGGCUGAGUGAAGGGUUUGCCACUCACUUGGAAGAUGUAUUCUGGGCUGAAGCACAACAGCUGGCCCCCCGUGAGGCCCAGGAGCAGCAAGAGCUGAGGGCCUGUGUGCGCUGGCGUCGCCUCCAGGACGAGCUGCGGGACUCCCCGGAGGAGAUGCAGGUGCUGAGACCCAGUAAAGAAAAAACUGGCCAUGUGAGUGACUCAGGAGCAUCAGUCAUCAAAAAUGGACUCAAUCCAGAGAAGAUCUUCAUGCAGGUGCAUUAUUUAAAGGGCUACUUCCUUCUUCGAUUCCUUGCCAAAAGACUUGGAGAUGAAACCUAUUUCUCAUUUUUAAGAAAAUUUGUGUACACAUUUCAUGGGCAGUUGAUUCUUUCCCAGGAUUUCCUUCAAAUGCUAUUGGAGAACAUCCCAGAAGAAAAAAGGCUUGAGUUGUCUGUUGAAAACAUCUUCCAAGACUGGCUUGAGAGUUCUGGAAUACCAAAGCCGCUGCAGAGGGAGCGUCAGGCCGGAACGGAGUGCGGGCUCGUUCGGCAAGUGAGCGCCGAGGUCACGAAAUGGGUUCGAGUGAACCGGAGACCCCGAAAACGGAAACGAAGGGGGAAGGAAGAGGUGUUUGAAAAGCUUCUUCCAGACCAGCUGGUCUUGCUUCUGGAGAUUCUCUUAGAGCAGAAGACCUUGAGCUCCCGAACUCUGCAAAGCCUCCAGAGGACAUACCACCUCCACGAUCAGGAUGCCGAGGUUCGCCAUCGGUGGUGUGAGCUCAUUGUCAAGCACAAGUUCACAAAAGCGUACAACAGUGUGGAGAGAUUCUUUGAGGAGGAUCAGGCCAUGGGUGUGUACCUCUACGGGGAGCUGAUGGUGAGCGAGGACGCCAGGCAACAGCAACUUGCCCGCAGGUGCUUUGAGCUGGUCAAGGGACAAAUGGACAGAGCCUCAGCUGAAUUGGUGGCUGAAAUGUUAUUUUAAAGAGGUUGUGUGUUAACUUGAGGGUCCUCAGCUUGCCCACGUCUGACCUGGGGGGCUGGCAGAAGGUCUUCCCAGCCACGUGUGCCACACACCUCCAUGGAUUCAGGGAGGGUCUUAUUUUUUACCAUGUUGUGUUGGAGGAGACCACCUCCCCUAGCUUGCGAAUCCUGGAUUGUUUAAAUUGCUUCCUCUGUUAAUUGUGCGUAGAAUUAAUCUGUUAUAUUUACUUCCUGGCAGUUAAAUUUUAAAUACGGUUUCUUCACUUUUAUUGUCAUUUAGCAGUGGUACAUGAAGUUUUGCUCAGUACAACUGUGGGGGUUACAAGUGUGGUUUCUUUCUUUUUUUCCCUCUAACAGUCAUCAUUGUGUCUUCUGGUUUUUCUUCAAAGCUUUACGUGAUAUGAUAGGGUACAUCUAAUUUUGUAUCUUUUUUUAAGCUUAGCUUCAAAUCUUAAGCAUUGUUCAUACUGUCAUGUCGCUUCUCUACAAAUACAAUUUUUAAUGGAUAUUGAAUAUUUUGUGUUGAUAUUCUCAUUAACCCAUUGUUCAUUUACUUUGAUUCUAAUUUUUAGCUCUUAACAAAAACCAUUAUGUCAAAUAUGUGUAAGUGUCUUGUGGAUCUAAAGGAACUCUGAUACUGAAGAGGGGAGAAGGUUUCCAGAGUAUGAUCAUGUUCUUCCAAAAGAGUCAGGAGCCGUGUUUGCCAGGAGGAGGAGGCAGUGAGGACGGCUGUAGUGACUGUCCGUCUUGUAGGGACACAGCUACACGCAGUCGUUACCGCCAUGCGCCCUCCGUGGCUUAUCUAGUCCUUAUCUAAGGUGGGCUAAUUCAAAAAAUAGAAACAUACAGUUACUUUGUUGCCAGCUUCAUGGUAAUCAGUAUAAAUCACGUUUCAGUUUAGAUUUUUAAUUUCACGAGUGUAAUUCGAAGUGUGUGAAACCACAGUAAGGCCAGCUAUUCCUUUGAUUGUUCCUUUCAUUCCAAAUUUUGGAGACCCAUAGUGGAUGACACAGCUCUGUAACUUUGCAUAGUCAUCUUUUUUGCCCCAAAGGAGGCCAGGGAAUGGUCUUGGUCAUGAGACCACCAUUCCCUUGCCUUUUGCUACAAUCUUCUUUCCUCUCUCUGCCCUCCUAGAAGCAGGGGUCAUGAGCAACCUGUACCACAGAGACGAACAGUGACCAGGGCCACUCCUGAGUCAUACCGUCUACAGGGAAGUUGUUCCCAACUUGAGAGAGGCCCCUACAACGUCUCAAAUGGGGAGAGGGAUCUUCUCCCCAGGGUUAAAGGCAGUAAACUAACAGCAGAGGCCACCUUCUUUAAUAAUUCUCAUGGCUGGUCCGUGCAUUUUUCUUCUCGUCCCAAAGCUUCAUGGUCACCUCCAAGUCCUCUUGAUUAAAAAAAAUUGCACCUCUAGGACAGCGUGUAACUGAACAGCAAACAGAAGUCCAGCCCAUUGGUCAGUGCCGCGGCGUGGAGACCGUGUCAUCGCCCUGCGCCCUUCCACGGAAGCCUGGUGCGUGCAGAUGGGAGUGGCCAGCAGGCAUGGUGCUGCUCCCAGGUGCUCUGGCUGCUUGGGUUCCUGGCAUGCUGAUUUGUGACUUAAGAUUAAAAUCACAUUGCCAGGGAUUACCACGCAGCCACGACCUUGGCUGCUCCUUCAGAAACCAUAGCCACUCUCUCUGCAGUUUGGAGAGCAGAUGCCUCUUGUAGCUCUUCUUUGGAACAAAGGAAGCCAGCAGUCACAGAAGAUGCUCACCGGCUCUUUCUUUAUGCCCAGCGAUGACCUCUCUAACAAGGUGCAGAGCUUAGCUGAUUGGUGAACAGUGAUUGGUUUCCGCUUUGUUCACAGUGGCUAAGUUCUGCACCUGAAGAGAAGGUGAGAUGGGGCAGCUAAGUUGGAGCCGCUGGGGCAGAGGCCAGGGCCAACAGGCUGGCCACUGCUGAGAGGUUGGCUCAAGCGCCGAGCACGGUUCUGGAGGAUGAAAGACCACUUGCCCGAGGAUGCACUGUCACCUGUCAAGAAUGCAGAUAAUGUGCCCACAGGCCUUAAGUUUGUUUACAGAACCGUAAAUCCACUGAUACAUCUGUCAAAAGGGUCAUAUGUAUUAAAAGUUGCAAAAAAUCAUUCUUAUAAAAAACUUAAAACCAAGCACAUCCUAGAAGUUGGGUGCGGCCUUGUGGUGCUGACUGGUGAGUAGGGUGGGGUGCUUUCCCAGGAGACCCCUUUGUGGUUCCGAGCGCGGUGAACUCUGUCUUGUGUUUGCAGCCCAGGUCUCUGCCGUGCCGGGGAUGAGCUCGCCGAGGCACUGCUUCUCCGGCUGUCGAUUGGACCCGCCCUCCGGUGCCUACUGAGCUGAUAUCAGUUCUCAUUUUACACACUGGCUCAGUUCAGCAGGAACAGGAGUCGAGCCCUUGAGCAAAAAGCCUUCCUGUCUGUAAGUGCCCGAGGCUCAGGGGAGCCCGGCCUCCCACUCACAGAAGACAGGCCUGAGCAUCCACCAUGUCCCCGGGCAGCCAGCUGCGGAGGCGUCCAUCUGUAUGUGCUCCUGCGUUGGGGGGGGGUUGUAGACUCACACGGCUUUGCUGACACGACAGGAAUGAGCUCCCGCUCUCACAAGCAGAGCAGGGUUUGCGACGGAGCAUAGCAUCUGCCCCUGCUCGCGUGACAGAGGCAGGGCCACCUCUCAUCAUGUAGAGUUUACAUUUUUUGAAAGUAAUUUGAGUAAAGGUGGGUCUGAAAUGGGAUAUCCUCCUCCUAUCCAUCUUGAGAGUGAAGCCUGAGUUACAUCCCAGUGCGUUUCGUGGCCAUGUGGGAGCAGAGUGAAUGUCACGUGGCUCAACUGCAAACCCUACUCCCGGGGUCGUGACAUGUGGCCCAGAUCUCGUCCCUGUCCUCCGAUGGAAGUGUCCUCUCUUUAAAGUGGAGAGCAAAGGCACACAAAUGUACUCGUUUACAAGAAUUCCUCUGUUGUGACUGGGUAGUAAAUUUAAUUGCUGUUUCCUCUGCAGGAAAGAUCACAGCGAGAUUCUCUUUCAAACGUCUCCUCCCAGCCCGGUGGGACCCAGCUCACAUUGACCCUGGACAUCAAAGAGAGGAUUAUGUGGCUGCUAAAGCCAUCAGCCGACAGCCGUGUUCCUGUCUUGGUGCUUCUCUUGCCCAGAGGCUGGUCCCAGCCAGGCACAUAUAAAAGGCCAAGCCUGGUAAACAGUCUCUCCCAGGGCCGCAGGGCUGCCUUUGUCCCCACCCCAUGUGCUGCCUCACCUGCUGAAUCUGAAUUGCAGCUGUUGUGACUUUAAGGCAGUUCUUACCCGCAAGUGAUUAAAGAUAUCUGCAAUACAUUGAAAACCUGCCGAACAUUUUACGGUGGCCCUCUCAGCAUGUGGCUGCACAUGGGUAUUUCUUUAAUUCCAGAAAGUCACACAGUUCUGUUUACUGGGACCAGUGAACCCAGGUUGAUGUCCUCUGGGUCAUUUCUGAUGCUGCAGAAUUAUGACUGAUACAGUCAAACUGUAGAUUUUUUCAGAAUUACAGUACCUUUUGUAAGAAUUUAAAAUACAUUAACAAUAAAAUGUAGUGAAUUUGAUUUCUUGGAUUCCUGUUUGCUUCUGAAUUUGAUACUGAGUAAAAAUAAUAACACGUGUAAGAACAAGGCAUUCUCCACAUUCCACUAUUCCUUCCCCACCUCACUAGUUUCUUCGUAGCUUUUUAAGGCAGUAUCGAUGUUCUUAGAAGACUGGAAUAGAAGAAUUCAGGCUGGGUGAGGCACACUCUAAAAUGUAGAAUCUCAGGCACCAUGGGAGUCUUUGGUGACGUCAUUUUUCUUUCCCACAAAUGUUGAAAGCUUGAAAGAGCUUCCUGGUACUGUCCAGUGCCUGGAGUAGGCCAGGCACUGGGUGCAGCCGUGCGUGGGUGUCUGCACAACGCUGAGCUCAGAGGAAAUGAACUUGAAGACAGUGACAAUUUCUCCCCUUGCCUGGCUGGUGGCUCUUUGCAUUCUGGCCUAACUGUCGCAGAAUGAGGCUCUAACACCUUAGAAAGGCUGGACCAGGAGGCAUGGGUCUCAGAGACUACAUUACACCCCUGACUGUCAUUCUAGAAGGUUUCCCAGGGAUUUACUCUUUGCUGUUAACAUGUGCUUUGCAUAUGAUUAUGUGUUUUGUAUGCCAUAGUGGUAGAAGAAU